ACAUAGAGUUAGUCUGCCAACUGUGGCUAUCCGCUCUAGAGGAAAACUUCACAUUGGGUUGUUCUCAAAUGAAGGCGGUAGCUCCAGAUAUCUUCAACGAAAACAGCGUGGGAAAUGUUCUGUUGGAGGUCACUUAGAGCUUGAGCACAGCAAGGAUCAGGUAAUGGAACAUGCUGGGAGUGUAGAGAGUGAUGCAUCAAGCUGUGAAGAGCCAAAUGCUAAAAGGUGUAGGAGAGACCCAAAUGCUCCAAAACCUACCAAGAGUGUUGUGGUUUUUUUGGAUAGUGAUGUCACUGUCACUGAGAAUGGUCAAGUGCUCAUGCCGAAUACUAUUGAAAUGGCAGCAUUAAAAAAAAACAGGGAUGGUAAACAGUACAGCAAAAUGGCCUUUACAUCAGAGAUGAACAAAGAGGAUGUUCUUAGUGCACUUUAUUUAAAUUUCCCAAUUUUAAGAACCAAAAGAAGACUUAGCUGUGCUUCAGCUCUUGACAAAUAUCGGACAAAGCUAGACUUUCAUGGUGAUAGAAGAAUAUGGAAUGGAGCUCUCAUUAAAAAAUGCAUCAGAGGCAAUUCAGCUCUGUACGUGCUUGCUGAGGUCUGUAAACGUUAUUUCUGCAAUCAUAUUUAAGUUGUUAAUUCUGUUAACACGUGGUAAAAUCAUUACUUAAUAAAUUUUUGGAUUAAGCCGUGGGUAAGGAAGCACUAUCACUUGGUUGAUGAAUUCCUCCUUCAGAACCUGCUCUGAAUUCAUAUUUUCUUAUUCUUAAUGAUAAAAUGAUUGAAAGGCAGUUUUCAAUUGGUUGUUGUAAAAGCAAAACCAAUUGAAAGUUUUCACAAGUAGUCAAGCAUACAUGUAACUAUUAGCAACAUAUGCAAAUGCAGUAAGGUGCUAUAAAAGUAAGUAACACCUUUUGUUGAAAGUUUUCAUAUAAAAGAUGCUAGUUAUCAAGAACCUCUUACUACUUCUGCGUGUGUCUCCUUAUGCUUAUGCUUAUGAAUUAGAUAGUGAAAACCACAGGCUUCCCAAGCUCAAAAUAUGUGAUGUAUGUGACAGCUUGUGUAUAAAUAUAGAUUGAUCGGUGAUUUUCCCAUACAAUUCUCUAUAUACACAAGCUGUCGCAUACACCAUGUAUUUUGAGCUUGGGAAGCCUGUGUGAAAACCAGCUUUUACUGGCCAAUCACAAAGGACACAGACAAUAUAUAUAGUGAACCAAUCAAAACUUGAAGUAAUUACAUGCAGCCAGCUGAUGCAAAAUGCAGGAAAACAUGUGCUUGUGAAUGUUGCAAUCGGUUUUGAUUGAAUUUUUACCUCGAUCUGAUUGAACAAUCAUGUAGGGCGAUGAAGCAAAACAUAUUAUUUUUUGACACUCAAAUAAAAAUCACUCUUAGGUCUAUUAAUAAUUUAUAGCACAGUACAGUUAUUAUUAAAGGAUAAGAGGAGGAUUGCAUAGAAAAAAGCCCUUAGUGACUCUUGAUCUCAUGUCAAGUUCUCCUCUUUUCAUAUCUAAGGAAGCAAAAAGCAACUUGCUAGGAGCAGUCUAUUAGAUGUCACUUAGGCUCUUUUUCCAAGCACCCUAUCAAGUGGCUCGGUUGUAGACCCAAGGGACAUUUAAUUUUGUUGAUGAUACCUAGUACAUAGCUCUGGGCCCAGAGUCCAAAAUCGUAUGACUACC